CUGUCUGGCCAGGAAAAUAUGGCGGCCGUAGUUCGUAGUCCAUUCGAAAUCGCGAAAGACAGAACGAUGGUGUACUCGUCGAACGCGGUAAAAAGCUCGAAUGAUUCGAGUUUUAUCAUCGCAAAAGUUCGUUAAGCGUUCGAGGGUGAAUGAUCGGGUUUAACGUGAACUUUUCGAGUGUGCCAAGUCGGUGUGAGUGCAAUCUCGUUCGAUCUUGGCGAUAUUUUUGCCGCGCUCGAAUACUCCUCCAUUGCCAAGCGUGUAUUUCCGUGUUUUAAUAGUAUAAAACACCGCGGGAUUUUCGCUGUGUGUGCGUGUUUGGUAGUUUCGUUUCGGCAUAGAAAAUUCUCAUACACGAUAUUCGUACACACUGGGAAAAAUCGCGGCGGGGCUGUACAUUGUCGCCGGAAUGGCCGUCUCGAGCUUCGAAGAAUAAUGAAGGGAUAAAAAAGAUAAAAAAGAAAAACGUGCAAGUGUCCCGAGAAAUCAGCUUGGCCCGAGAUAGCCGAGCGAAGGUGUAAAAAAUGUUGGAACCAGAGGAUAGUUCCGCAGUUCCGGACAGCACUACCAGAGAACAACGCUUGGGUUUUUCACACGGCGAAGAUGUACUUCUCCAACAUAAAGAUGGCAAAUUUUAUCUUGGCACAAUUGUUGAGGUUGAUCUUGCUCGGGAAAGAUGUCUUGUCAAAUUUUUGGACAACACCUCUUCCUGGUCCUCUGUCAAAGAACUCACCAAACUUGCUAUGCCGGACUGCGACGUUAUGUGCGUACUUUGCAAAAAAUCACAAUCAAAGACAGACAACGAUAUCAUUGUCUGCGACAAGUGUGGACGAGGCUAUCAUCAGUUGUGUCAUCUGCCACACAUAACAAAACAGGAGGAUGGAGCUUCCGAUGCUCACUGGAUGUGCAAAAGAUGCGUGGACAGCCAACCCAGAAGUCGUGAGCCAACUGAGCCAAAGAAUUCCAUGGUCAAGGCAAAUAUCAGGCGAGUUUGUAGUGGCAGAGAUCAACCUCAACCCCCACCUGAAGACACGACGAAAUUGCCGUACGAUCCCGAAAUGUUGAGCUGGGAUGCUCACCAUCGAGUGAACGCGGAGCAAAUUUAUUGCUACUGUGGUUUGAAUGGCGAGUGGUACACGCAGAUGUUGCAAUGCGCUCGUUGCAAGCAGUGGUUUCACGAAAAAUGUGUCAGUUGUCUCACAUAUCCGUUAUACAGUGGCGACAGAUUUUACGUAUUCGUAUGUUCGAUGUGCAAUUACGGUAAAGAAUUUGUCAGAAGACUGGAAUUGAAGUGGGUCGAUCUUGUACAUCUCAUGCUGUACAAUCUCACUGUUUAUAACGCCAAGAAGUAUUACGAUCUCGACACCGUCAUUAUUCCUUACGCCAAUGAUAAUUGGAAUACUCUACAGUUGCCACCGAGGGUUCGCGAUGUUACACCAACAAUACGCAGAGAAUCGAUUCUUGCGAUACUAACAAAUAAUAGAAAUAGAUUCAAGUGUGGUCGUGAAAUAAAAAAGCGUACUACAAUUUGGGGUUUACGAGUAAGAUUACCGCCGCCGUGUCCGGUUGUGAAUCUACCCACAAGCGGCAUCAUCGAUGACUCUGUGUUGCGACGAUGUUGGGGCGCGAACAAAAGACUGCAAUAUCUUCCACUGCCAGCUGGUCCUGUGUGUUUGCCGGAAACGGCAAAACAGCUCAACGCCUUGAAACAAUCUCCUGCAGAGAAUGUCGAGAUUUCGGUGAAUCCUUCGGACGUUGUGAUGCGUGGUACUAUUUAUCAAAAUACUGAGUCCGAACAGAGAUCCUGUCCAAAUCCAACAUCUCAAGCACCAACUACGCAAGCUCUUCGCGAAAGGUACAGCGGUAGGGGCUUCGUAAAAAAAUCAUUUCCAUUUCCGAAAUUGAGCCUACAGAGAAGAAGACGACUGAUGGCUCUGGGGAGUUCGCGCGAGCGAAUGUUGCGAAAACACAAGAAACGCGAGAAAGACUGCGUCGGAGAGAACUCAAUGGUGAAAUCGCAGUCACAAGGCGUGAGAGAAGCGAGGUACCGAAAAGCUCGUAAACUCUUGAAAAAUGCUAUAGCGAAGAGUAAAUCGCGGGCUCCGGAAGUAUCGGAUUUGCCACCAACGCCGCCAACUUCGGUAUCGGGUCCGCCGACGCCUCCAGCGACAACGUCAGGGAUGUCGGAGCUCUCCGUGCCGAGUUCAGUUGACCUUACGAACACACUGCCACCGUCGACGCCGGCGGACACCAGCGGGGACGAGACAAGUUCUCGUGGGACUCUGGAUUCGUUUAUACCACCGCCAAAGGAUUUCGAAGGGAAGAAUAAUCCGUUCAGGAACCUUAGUGAUUUGCUAGGGACACCAGGCUCGACGAUUGGGCCGAAUAACGCUUCGAGCAGUACGCCAUUGGCUUACACCCAAACUUCGAUAACGUUGCCGUUGCCGUUGACGCCGGUUAUUUCACAGCCUCCGAUCGUGCGACCGGCGAAGCGUCAAUUAUCGGAAAAGGAUAUAAUCGUCGAUCGUAACGGUCAGGUAAAACGAAGACGUCAACAUCGUCGCGGGCGUCCGCCUCAGCAACAGCAGCAACAGUCCCAACAGCAGCAAUCAACGUUUCAAGCGACCGCGAGCAAAAAUGCUGCGAUACUUCCGGCGCGCAACAGCGAAGUGAAGAGCGAUUUCGUGAGAAAUUUGCGAAGUUCCUUCAACAGUUCGACCAGCAGUACGAGCAGUCAAAUCGGCAACUGCGUCGAUUACGCUCUGAACGGCCGCCGUCUCAGACAACGUCAAAGCAAUGAUAAACUGCCACCGCCGGAUACGCAACAAAUUAAAAAAGGCGGAAGCGUACCCAAUUCCCCAAAGUGUUCGCCUGUAAAACAAAACGCUCCUGACAUAUCGAUGGACGAUCUCAAAUCUUCCGUCAAUAUGUACUUCGGUGCUGCUAAUAGAAUAGCUUCCGGUGAAAAAUUCGUCGUUCGCGCCAAGAGAAUAGGACCUAAUUGUCAGAUGCAGUAUCUCAUUGAAUGGGAAGGCCCGAAUACCUAACGCUUGUCCAUUUAUACCCUCAUUCACGUGAUAUAAACAAACAAAAGAUAACAAAACAAAUGAAAAAUUCUGAGAAUUUAAGAUUUUAAGAGUCGCGAUCGUGAUCAUUGAUCGUUACAAGUAAUCCUCUACUCACCAGAGGCGUCCUUGUUCUUUCUCCCCUCGGGGCGUUUUCGUCCGACGAUACGUAUUGAGUGGAGAACGAGGAAGCUUCUGGUCUCUAGUUACGCGAGCGUACUUUUGGUAACGUUAAAACUUCGAUUACUCUUCACGUGAUUUCCACGUCGACGAUCACGCGUGAAAAUUUUGUCGCGGUCGAUAAAUGAAUUUUUGUUUCUAAAUUCUCUACGGUUCGUUGCUGGCCGAUGAACUUUGAUUUUGUCCCGCGACGUUACAAAUGUUUUUCGUUAAUUGAUCGUCUGAUCGUGUUUUUCCAUAGAAAUCAUUACUAUCGAACAUUUCUUUGGAAGGAAAUUGUAGAGUGAACAUAUUAGCCUUUGAUCGUUUCGGGCUCUUAUCGACUGAUCAUAAAAUUGAUUCCUUAAUGAGUUUUAAAAAAUCGGUCAUUUUUUAAUCCAAAAGAAAAAUUCAUUUCUUUUUCUGUUCAAGGUCCAUCGCGUAGUUCUUUAAAACGCCUUAAUUUUCUUUCGAGUGAUCGUCUAAACGUCGAAUAAACGUAGAUUCACAGUUUUAUUUCGUUUCAUUAUAAAUCAAUUAAACGCGCGUGUUCCCCAAUGUAAAUAAUUGUAGAAUACUAUUAGCAACGUAUUAAAAGCCAGUGAAUGCAAAAAGCCGGUCGUUAAGAACGUCGAAUAGCCGGUAUUUCAUUUCGUUUCGUUUUCUUCCGUUACGAACGGACUAAAUUUUCCAAUAAGAGUUUUUUACAACGUUAAAAUAAUACCCGAUCGACGAUAUUCGUUGGGGCUAAAUAAUGAAGCGCGAAAUUUUCAUACGAAGCCGGGGCAUCAAAAUCCGACGAUUUAUUCUCUCAUUUUCUACGUUAAAAAUCGAAAUAGCCGAGAAACAAUAUGAUUCGUUAAUACCGAAGGAAAAUAAAAAUGAAGGAAAAUGGAAAGAGAAUUAUUUUUCCAAUACAGUCGUUAAAUUAGUUCGCUUGAACGGCUAUCGUGAUUUGUCCCGUAGAAUUUUUCAGUCCCCAUAACGAGAGGUGGCGAAAACUCAGUUUUGGGAUUUUAUAAGCAGCUGUUGCAUUGCUCAUUCAAAAAAAUACAAGACCAAAAUGAAAAUACUUACCUGUUUCACAAAUGGCGAUUGACGAAAUGACAGAAAAUAAAAAAGCAUAAAAACAAAAACAAAAUAAUAAAAACGCUACUUAUACUCGAUCAUCUCGAAUACAUCGAUAAAUCGGUCGACGCGGUUUCGAGCGAUUUUUUGUCGUAGAAUAGACACGAACAAUUGAGCCCUUUCCGGGCGCGCUUAGCAUAUAUAACUGAAUUUACAAACAGAAAAACAGUCCAUCCGACGACGGAAAGUGAUUUGUUCGAUUCGUGCAACGUGUACAAAAUGAUGAAGCAAAAGAAAAGGGAGAAAGAGGAAAAACUAGAGGGAGACAAAGAUGUGUAUAUUUUUUUGAAUUAAUCCGUAAGUUGGGAAUUCGUCCCAUGAGAUUGUUCUCUCGUUGGGUCUACGGUCUAAGAAAUUUUAUUCGAAAAUUUGGUCACAUUAAUGACACGAAGGAAGGCAAAAAAUGAAUAAAAAGCUACAAGAGAUUUGAAUACAGUGAUAAUAAAUACUAAUAAUUUUGAGGUUUUAUCGUGAAUAACACGGCAGCCUCGGGCAUAAGAGCUUAUUAGAAAAUUUAGAACGAUUUAACUUCCGUCGCGUUGCAUUAUUAGGCGAUAUUUAAUACCACGUCGAUGUCGAACCUCUUGCGAAUGGAAAACUCGUUUGUUUCGUAUUCAUUAUUUCAAUCUAUGUACAUAAACAUUGCCCUCGAUGUAUGGAGCAUUUUCUAAAUCAUGCUUUCGAUGAAGUAUCAAUUUUAGCCACCUCUGCAAAUCGGAAUUCGAAUUCUUGGUUAAAAAUUUUCGAACGAUUGUUGAUCAAAUGAACUUUCUUGCCGAUCUUUUUACGAUCUUCGAAAAGUAAAAAAAAAAAACAAAUUAAUCAUUGAGUUUAUUUUGCGAAGGAAGAAUAAUGAUCGUUUAAAUUUUGAGUUUUUGAAAAGUAUAAACAGACUAUUAUCGGGUCGAUAAAAAAAAGUUUUCUUUUUGACAAUUUUUCCCCUCACUUUGACGUUCAUUUUUCGAGAAACGCUCCAUGCAACAAAAACAAACUUAUUCGUUUAAAAGUCAUGAAUUCAUCAGUCUUUUUAGUUCUGUUUUGAUGCAAUUGAAUCUCAGCGCGCAGUUUCGAGAAAACUAUAAAUUCAUUUACACUCCAAAAGGUCCAUCUUUACAAUGGUCCCUGAAUAUAGGAAAAAAUAUAGAAAGAAAACAUUGAGCAUACAAAAAAUAGUUGGUCCCGCCCAGAGAUUCAUGCGCGCGCGCUUCUCCAAAGGUCUUUUUUUCCCUCGCAAAUCUUUUGACGUGAAACGAGCGAUAAAAAAACUGCCCGGGCGUUCGAUACUUAGAAACAUGUUCUAAUGAAUUGGAAAAACUGUGCGAACGAUGAAAAAAUGGAGAAAACUUAUGUCACAACAGUCUCGCGAAUAUUUCCGCUUUUGUGCUUAUGUAGCGCUGUUCGGGAGAACCGAAAAUACAAUUGUAUCCGUGAGCGAGUGCGAGUGUAUGUGUGCGCGUCUCUAGACUAGAGCAAUUACUUUCCAAUGAUCCUUUUGGUUUAUUUUAUGUUGUUUCGAUAAAAGGACAAGCAUCGGGCACGGUGACCGGUUAAUAAGCCGCAAUUAAUUAACAUCAAUCCUGUCGACUGACUUUUUCUCAUUUUCUCUCUUUUUACGACUCGUAAAAAAAUUAUGAGAAAACCAAGUGAUAUUUAAGACGUGAGAGCAAGAGAGAGAGGGAGGAAGAGAGAAAGAGAGGGAAAGCGUGGAACGAACACUGCCAAACUUCUAAUUUAUAUAAUUAUACAUUAACGAAAUUAUUAGCUCGUUACUUUUGCUACGAUUGGUUCGUCCCGAUUUACGAAAUUUCAAUCCCCAAUCGCGCCAUAAUCAAUUCUGUGGAAUUCAUUUUCCAUACAAUUUCAAAGCCACUUUCAAAGUCUUGGAGAUUUUUUUUUCUGUUCCCCAAAUCUAGUUCAUUUGAUUAUUAUUCAACUUUUCGCUGCAAUCAUGAGUCCUGAAUCACGCGUUUCUUCAAUAUCAUCUUUUUGUCGAAUCGUUAGCAAAAGAAUUAGGCGUAUCUCUCGGUCGUACCGUAUUGCGAUAACUAUGACUGAAUUUUUUAAAUAUUGCGAUCGUACGAUAAAUAGACUGGUUUUUCGAUCGUCCUUCGCGCCGGAACAAACUCUGAGUGAAAUUAGAAAGAUAUACGAAUUACUGCCAGUACCGUAUGUAAAUAUUGUCGUUUUUGUUCAUUAUUAUUAUUAUUAUUAUUAUUAUUAUUAUUAUUAUUUCGUUUUUCGUAAGUCUAUAAAUUUGUAUGUCGGAUGUUCGUAGUUAUUAACAAACAUUUAUCUGCAUAUACGAUUCUUUAUCCAUGUAAAUAAAUGAAUGUUUGUGAAGGAAAUUUCGUGAGAAUUUUAGGAGCGAGAGAAUGAAAGCUUGAGUGAGAAGAACACAUACAAAUUUGUGAGUGAUGCAGUAGCUUGAAAAAAGAAUAAUGAAAGAUUCAAUGUGUUGAGACCUUAAUAUUUGCUUGACGGUACGAAGACUCAGAGCGCUUCCAAGUGGACGAAUCUGUGUUUGGCGACUCUUUGUCACUGCCCACCGAAAAUAUUCCAAAAAAAGAAGAAAAAAAAUGAAAAAAAAAAGAACAAGAAACGAUGCAGAAGAGGCGAAAAACCUCAAAUGUUUCCGAAUUGUACUCUUCAUUGUCGUUACGUCUACGUUAUUAUCAUUAUUAUUAUUAUCAUGAUCAUCAUUAUUAUUAUUAACUUUCAAUUACUAUGUAUAAAUAUAAUUUAAUGUGAAACCACGUAUACGAAGCUGGGAAAAUGCAACUCGCGACGAUCUCUCGCGCAACGUUAUCCGAACGUUAUCCUAGUGAACAUUAUUUUUUCUUCGUAAUUGAAAAAGGAUCGUUUGGUUUAAAAACGUAACGAUCUCGUCUCGUCAUAUUUUUAUCUUAUUGGGCUGAAAGCAUCGAACAUUUAUUUUGUCUCCUUUCGCGAAUUAUUAGUUUGAACUAUGUCGUAGAUCUUCAACGAGUUGCUUUUUAUUGCUGUCAAUUUUUGUAAUGCCCUUAAAUUGGCUCGAAUAAAUACAAUCGAAAAAAUGGUCGUACAGAAAAAAUGAAGCAAUAAUUGUGCGAUGAGUGUUUUCAAAGUCCACAGCUUUGAGACACUUGUCGGAAUAAAACGCUGAGGAAAAGUUUGAGUCAUGAAAUUUGUACGCUGCUCGCGAUUUUUCAUCGAAAAAGUUCGGCAACGUUCACCAAAUGGAUUGUACAAAGUUUUUCGAGUGAUGAGAAAAUCAUUGUCGUUUUUUUGCUUAUCGAUUAUAUUGAAAUUGAGCUUCUUUCAAUUACGAGACUGAACUUUUUCGAUGUAAAUCCCGAAAAUAAAUCACGAGGCACGAAACGAAACACUGGCACCGAUGCCUCUUGUUAUUUUCAAAAAUACAUUCUCAAAACGUUGGGCUCAAUAUUUUUGACUAGUUAUCGCGUGGAAUUCAUUGAACGUUGAUUAUCCUGCCACGAAUGCCUGCCACGAAAACAGAAAAAUAAUUGUUCCGACGAUUAAAGAAUUUCUAAAAUAUUUCUUUUCUCAUAUAAACCAAAGAAAAACGACUUGAACUAGGCAGUAAAGAGCAAACGGUUGAAGCGAACGUUCAGUCACUUCAAUACAAUGAAUGAAAUUCGAUGAGUGCAUUUUGACGAAUAACGAGAGAUAUCUUCAUCAUUUUCUAUUAUUAAAACGUGAAAGUUUGCAAGCGAAGAGUAAAUCGAAGAAAUGAGACAAACGUUUUUGGGCUGAAAUUUUGUAAGUCUUUAGUUUCCACUCGCACGAGCAAAUUCACAAAUUAAACUCUAGAUAGUUUUGAUUGUAUUAUUUUUGAAGAGUGCUUCUGUCAACGAGAACGAUUCACGUCAGACUGUGAAAAUCCAUGAACGUGAGGAAAGAGCAAAAGGGAAAAAAUAAGAGCAAAGCGAAAUUGUCAAAAGAAAUUCUUCCGAAUUGGCCGCCGAAAUCGAGAUGGCUUCGUGUUCAAUGUUAAAUACAGUUUGUAUAAAGAGACUGAAACAUGAGCGUUCACGCGUGCAUCGGACAGCACUACGUCGUUUUUUGUUUCUGUCAUUCAACGUUGUGUGGAUGAUUAAAAACGUUUUUUUCUUCUGUUGUUUUAAAAUUAAUCAAAAUUCGAAUAAACUCGCGAACGUUCGAUGAAAAUGGAAAAAAAAUUUUAGUUUCAGUUAUACAUUGUGUCCCAUUGCAGAAACGUAGGCUCGUUAUGAUUCGAGUCGCAUUCAACGUUGAGUUUUUUCUUUUCCAUUCAAUUAUUUCAUUGAAAAAUUCGCGAGAUUGUUCGAGAGGAAAAUGAAUUAGAUAAUUAAUUGUAGGAGCACGUGAUUUUCUUUGUGUCUCGUUGAACACGUGGAAAAGAAAAGAAAUUGGUGAAAAAAUUCUCGAUUAUUAUGCUACGACAAGAGAAAUCGAUGGAAUUCGGUCGAAUGGAAGAUUUGACGGUCGUGUAAAUAUUUAUAUAAAAUUUAAUUCCUUCGUACAAUUGUAUGGUAACGAGAACAUUUGUCAUUAUCGCGUAUUAAGGUGUAACGUUCAGUGCGUUAUGAAUCAUUGUUGUAAAAGCGAUUGUAUGAGCGUAUGAGUGUGUGAUGAAAGGGAGAGAGAAAGACCGAAAGCAAAGUUGUGUGGCUGAAGAAAGAAUUUGAUCGAAAAAAGUCCAGGCCUUGGAGCAUCCGAGAAUCGAGCUGAAUUGGCGAUUUGUAUAGUUAGCACAAGAAUGACAAAUGAAAAAAUGAGGAAAUUGAUAAAAGAAAGAAAGAAAAACAAACCACGAAUAAAUUCAAUAUUUCGGUAUUAUAAAAUGAGAUAAAAAUUAAAAAAAAAAAAAAAAAAUAUUCGAUAUUGAAAGAGCAACGGAACGAGUUCCUCUUUUUUGCUUAUUUCCAUCGAAUUACGUCGGCUCGAACGGUGGAACAAAGAUUUUAAGUUUAUCUUCUUUCUUCUAGAACGUAUGAAUAAUUAUUAGCUAGCGACAAACGAGGUUUUCUUGGUCCAAACACACAACGGCGUAGAUUAUUCGUCGAAAAUCGACGGAGUAAGGAUCGCGCGUGAGAAUUUUCGUAGAUAUGUUUAUAACGAAACAUGAAACAAAAAGGAGAGAAAAAAAAAGAGAAAAACGAUAACGCGAAUACCCCUCUCAUCCUCGAAUAUAUAUUAUCUUUCAUUGUGUACACACUUCGAGAUAGCGAUGAUGAAAUUUGUGAAAUAAAAACCUUCCUAUUUACCUCCUCCCGAUGCCAAUUAUCUCGCAUCUAACAACGUAUCCGCGAACGAAAGUAUGUAAUAACGAUUCGUCUCCUUUUUUACAUACGUUUUUUUCUACAAUACAAGGGAUAAUUAUGUACGUUUGUCCGUAAUGUACGAUUUUCAAGACGAAACAAACGGGAUAGUAACGAUAUCUUAAUUAUUACGAUGAUUGGUGUGAUGACUGUAAAAUAUCCAUACGACUUUUGUUUUUCGAAUGAUAAUAAACGCAAAGUCUGUAUCAUUCCAUUAUCAAA